AUGAAAGCCAGAGUUUUGAGUGGGGCAUCCGUGCUGGGUGCUGCUCAUAAGAAAGCCAAGUUUGCUUCUGUUCUGCCAGCUGGGACUGAAGUUACCCGGCAAGGCGCCACCAAUGACUUCAAGAAGGGCCGAAUCAUGGUGGUCAAGCCUGUAGCUAGGGCGUAUAUCCUGUCUGGGAGGAUGAUGUCGAGCUUGGCGGUGGGGGAUUGGCUACUCAAAAAGAGGUGGCCAAUGCUCGUUUUCAUGAUAGUUGGGAUGGUGCUACAUAUACUGCUAUUUUUUGGAGUCUUCUCCGAGAUGGGCAUGGUGACAGGAGGUGCGGGUGUACUGGUCGUGGUGGCUUCCCCGACUGCUCUCAGUUGGAGCAUGUACGGCUUAACUGCCGGCUGUUGGGGGCUUUCAAUCCUUGCCAUGCUGACGAGGGUGCACAGCCAGCUGCUUUGGAUGACGCUCCGGACAUUCGAUCCCUGGGCCAUCAUCGCUUGCGCGCUGCGGGGCUGGGCGGCGCGGAUGUUCUCACGGCUGGCCCUCCACCACGACACGGCGCACAUCGUGGAGGAUAUGUUGGACCUGCUUGUGAUGUUGCAGCUGUCGUUCCUGAUCAUCUUAGCAGAGGCGGCGGAUAUACCCAAGACGACCCAAAAGUUCUUCGUCGCUGCUUGCUUUGUGUACUGCGCAGUCCUCACGGCUGGGCCCCUCUUCCUUCCAGACCUUCCCAACUGGGAUCCGGACACCAGUGUGCAGAUCCUCUUCUUCGCAUCAAUGUCCCCGAAAAGUCAGUUCAUCAGUGCCUACGGGACCAUGGCGGUGCUCCUGACGAAGGCAGCGGUAAGCGUGAUCUUUCAGCGGCAUGACUUCAUGUUUCUUAGAUGUCACUACGAGUAUUGCUUGGAUCAGCUAGAUACCUCCUUCGCCAAACUGGCUGCAACGGACCCUUCCUGCAUCUUCUACUCAGACUUCCGCCGUGCGCUGCAAGAGAUGGGCGUAUCAGACAGCCACAUCUUUGCUGGCUUCAACACCCUGGACAUACAACAGACGGGGCGAGUCACUCUGCAGAACUUCCGACGCUGCCUAAAGGAUGUGUUCACGGAAGCACCAGACUCUUCGCAUGCUGCGCUGCUCGCGAAGUUCUGCCAGGAUUCCUUCUCCAUCGUGUCGGGGUACGGCUCGCUUGACAGCAUGUUGGGCCUUGUCUUCAGCCAGUGGCGGCGCAUCAAGAUGAAUGAGUUUGGCCAGCUGCUGUAUCAUUACUUGAUGCAGGAUCCUGGCGUGGAGAAGCUAUUUCGGUCUGCGAGCUUCAGAACCCAGUCCUUGUUGUUUGCAUCCUUUGUUCAAGUUGGCCUGGGAUGGUUGGAGGAAAAGGACUUCCGGCGCGUCGAGAGGGACAUGACGAGCCUGGGCAUGCGCCACGUGAGUUACGGUGUCCACCCGACCCACCUCUGCAUCUUCCAGCUGGCCUUGUUACGGGCGCUGUCCAACCGCCUCAAGGGGUUGCCUCCCGAGUCGGAGAUGGCCUGGUCAGUGGUGUGGCUCCAUUUCAUUGCGGCCCCCUUUACCCAAGGGCUCCUGACCACCGAAGAGACGGACAAGAGGACGAUGACUGGGACAGUACGGGACCUGUUGCAGCAGGCGACGAGCCACAAGAGCUUCUUGCCUUACCUGGCGGCCAAUUUGAACAACGUGCCGGGAGGCGAGCACAACUGGAGCUCUUCCGUCUUUCGCGACACACGGCACGAGUUGAGCCACAUGGCUAUCUUGGUCUCCUUCAUUCAAGACACAGCUGAGAAGCUGUACGCGGGGGACAUGCUGACCGCACGGCACAGGCUUCGGCAAGUGGCAUCCAUCCAUUGGGACCGCGGCGUCUUUCCCAGGCAUAUGCUGACAUUUCAGCAUGCUGCCACGAUGACGUUCCGGGACCUUCUCGGACCAGAGGUCUUCAACUCCCACGCGGAGACGAUGUGGGCCGUAUUCUUUCAGGUCGAGGUGCUGGACGUCUUGCUUCUGGCGCCCUUCGCAGAAACUCAAGACAAGGUGGAGUCCUGGGCUUUGACCUGCAAAGCUCAUCUCGUGAAAAAGGAUCACUGGAUGUCCUUGAUGAAAAUGGCUGCGGUGGAGGGAGAUCUCGCCGUCAAAGGGUACCAGCGGCUCUGCGCCGAGAGCGGGAAAGACGUUGAGAAGCUCUGCGUGGACGAUGUGGUGAAGACUUUCUGUGACGAAAGCAUGCAGCAUCCCUCAUGGACUUUUGAGCGGGUUGUCCAGAACUACUGCACGACUCCCCCAGCAGUGGCCUUGCUCGAGUGA